GCAGUAGUAGCAGUACCUAGCAGCACUAGCUCCCAUACCCUAUCCACCCCAUUGCAAGUCUCGCGCGAACUAAAUCUUAUGUACAAAAUAGCAACAAAAGUUUACUAAUUAACUAACCCAACAAGAAGAAAUACUACCACAACAAUUACAACGAAACCCAAAGUAAAAUCCCCUAAAACUCAUCAAAACUUUGCAGAUAAAAUACCUGUAAUUUUUUUCGAGUGCAAAAAAAUCGAGCUCAAAAGAGAGCAAUCGAAAAAGUAAUUAUAAACGUAACUGAAACAGUGCAAAAAGUAACAACAAAAAUAAGUGCAAAGAACAGUUAAGCAGAACAUACAAAUGCAAACAUGUGCCACAAUUCGGGCAUUGAAAGUGAACAGAUCGAACGGUACAUGGCCUUUGGCCUGCCCCAGAAAGCCGUCAGGAGCGUAAAAUACACGAUGCGCAAGCGCGAAAAACAGCAGCGUAAAGAAUUGCAAAGACAGCAACAACAACAGUCACAAAAUAACAGCGAUGUCGAAGAAUUGGGCAGCGGCAGCAGCAGCAGCGACAGCAACAGCGACAGCGGCACUGACGUUGACAUCAAGCACACGCGUAUAGUGCAGCUGAAGAAGGAGAAAAUGACAGCGACAGAAAUAGUUACAGAGACAGCAGAAGCAAAAGCAACAGCGUCGGCAGAAAUUGUAAUAGCAACAGUAGAAACUAUUGUAACAGCUAUCCCCAAUAUCAGCAGCACCAACAACAACAACAAUACGGGCAACCUCAGCGACAUUUUGAAAAUUCCCAAAUUCUGUGGACGUUUUCGUAAAAUGCAACAAGAGCAACAGGAGUCAGAAGCUAACAGCUCAGUACACAGCAGCCCCCUAGCAACAACAGCAGCGACUGCACUAACAGCACAACAACAGCGCAAACUCAGCUCGAUGGAGCCAUCGAUGGACGAUGCACUAGCCAUCGGCACACAAAUGACGCGUAAAUUCGCUGAGCGCUGUCAUUGCCUGAUCGGCCAACUGCAAGGCAGCCGUCUGUACACAAUUCUGACGCGUACGACGCAGCCGGCGCAUUUUAUAGCCAUUUGCAUAUUAUCCUUUGUGCUACUGACCGUUGGGCCCGAUCUCACAACGAAUUCAACGACAAUGCACAGCAGCCCGUUGGCAACGGCAGCGAUACAUACAACAACACCAACAACGACGCAGACGCGAAAUGCUAACGACGACAUGGCCGCCCCAAAGGGAGAGAGCACGCUGGCCACGCUGGCAUAUCUGGGCGCAUUCGCCACACACUUUGGCUCACAAAUCUGGAUGACCUUUGUCUCUGGCCUCUCGCUGUAUUUCUCUCUGCCGCGCCACACCUUUGGCCAGUGCCAGCAGAUUCUGUUCCCCAAAUAUUUCGCACUAAACGCGAUGCUGAGCAUCAGCAUGCUGAUCAUCUAUGUUAAAUAUUUCCUCAGCGGCUGGACAACGGCGGCAAGCGUGCAAAUAAGCGCCUUGGGCCUGACAGCCGCCAUUGAGGUGGUGGUGCGCCUCUAUCUGGCCCCGCCCAUGCUACGGCUGAUGCACGAGAAAUAUAGAAUUGAAGGUGCCAUCGGCAGCGGCCAGGAGGUGGGCAGCCUGGUCCAGGGCGACUUGGUCGAGUGCCCGCAUUAUCAGCGCAUACACAAGGCAUUCCGGCGCAUACACAUGACCAUUGCUAUCGGCAAUAUGAUUGUCCUAUUGGCCACCUGUCUGCAGUUGUAUUUUCUGGCAUUGAAAAUACGAAUUAGCUAAGACCCGAACCACACCGAGGCCCCAUACAAGAAUCGAAGUGCGGACGCAAUUUCGGGCAGCGCCUGAAAGGCCGCACUGCUUUUUUGUAACCUCUCCCCACGCACAUCCGCACCCGCAUCCGCACCCACGUAGUCCCUUACUCUCUUUCACUCUCUUUGU